AUGGGUUUUUUUUGUUUAGUGUGCGCGAUAAAAGCUCGUUUAUAAAUGCGUUGUCUGGUCCAAAACUUUCGCAAUUUUCUUCGAGGGUUUUGAUGCAAGAAACACCGUCGAAGAUGAAAUUAUUUGUACUUGUUGUUUCAGUUCUGGCAAUUCAUUUAUCAGCAGGAGAAGACCGCCUGCGGGGCCUCGAAAAGCUUCGGUAUUGCGAGAAUUGUGUAAAUUGCCCGGGCUGUAAAGGCUACAAUGAAUACUCGGACUCUGAGGAGUCCUCUUCCGAGGAAUCCUUUUCCGAAAGCGAGGAAACUAUAAUCGAAAAUAAGCAACACGUUUUUGUCAUGUUUUACACAGCAAAUUGGUGUGGGGCCUGCAGAGAAAUCAAACCUGUCUUGUCUUAUUUGAUGGAGUCUUAUCCCAAUGCUCGUUUAAAUAUGAUUGAUGUAGAUCAGGAUCCAGAGAAAGCUGUGGCUCAUAAUGUAAGACGUUUGCCCACUAUUACAUUCGAUUUAAAUGGUAGAGAAUUGGCCAGAAUAGACAAUGGUAAUGUCAAUUCACUGAUAAUGGCGUUCAAACGUUUCUAUGGACGGUAA